CCUAUCAACAGAAGAUCUGCGUUUUGCAUGUGUGCUCAAAGGUCGUGCAUUUGACAGUCGCCCUGCUGGCCCAUUUACGAGUAGACGCAAUUACAACAUGCUCAGAUGACGGCGCCUUCGAUGCGAUUACACAUUACUCCUCUAACCCCCGACUUGCUCGCCGCAGUUGUAGGGCCCAAACUCAUCAACUCGGUCUCGAACGUUUCCUACCACACUAUCCAAACAUUCCCCGAAAAUAACUACGGCUAUCUUGAGCUCCCUGCGAUGGAAGCUGAGAAAGUCAAGAACAGAGUCAACGGCGCUAUCUUGAAAGGCAAGAAGGUCAUGGUCGAAGAGGCUCGGCCGAAGAAGCGCCUGCGCGAAGAAGAUAGUACCGAGCAGGCACCCAAGCAAGCGCCGGGAAAGAAAGUGAAGAAGUCCAAGAAGGAACGCAAUGUCAUCGCAGGGCAUGAAUUACCUACGGAUCGCAAGGUGAAACGUGGCUGGACCGAGGCAUACCCGUCCACAGCCAGCAAAAAGAGCAAAUCUAGCUCUUCAAAAUCGAAGUAUUCAGACAAGGACGAGCUACUGUUCCGCACCAUUGUGCCUCCAAACAAGAAGGAAAAUGUGGAGAAAGAGAAGAAGCAAAGAACCAAGUCCAAGCAGAAAGAAGAUGACCAUGUGGUCCAUGAGUUUAAAAGAUCUACAGCGCAGCCGUCCUUCCUCAGACAGAAUGUUGGUCUAGGGAUUAAGAACAACCUGGAGUAUGUCGAGGGUCAAGGUUGGGCCGAUGCAGAUGGUCAGAUAAUCGAGCCCGAAAGCGAUCGAGUAUCACGGCAGCGACGUGCGCUACAGGAUGCACCUACCAGGCCAAAACCCACGAACGUUCAAGAGCUGGCUUCGUCGGACACGUCCACAUCAGGAUCAGAGGAAGAUUCACUUACAGAUAGCGAUGAGGAUAGAGAACCUGGACCAGCAGCCAACCAGUUGGACGAUAAUACAAGCAGUUCUGGCUCGUCUUCCGAGUCAGAUUCUGAUACAGAAACAUCCGAAGAAGCCUCAGAUGAACAAGACACCAGUACGUCUGAAACCCGAAACCAGUCUGUCAACACCGAGGUUCAUCCACUCGAAGCGCUCUUCAAGAAACCAAGCAAGCCAGCCUCACAAGACGUUGCGAAGCCAUCACUAGAGGUAGCAACAUCAUUUGCGUUCUUCCAAUCGGAAGAUGACGACGACGAGGAAGACGAGGGCGAGAUGACCGCUCCUUUGACGCCAUUCAGCUCUCAAGAUUUUCGAACCCGAGGUCUACGAAGUGCAGCUCCCACACCAGAUUCAGCACAUCCAAGUCGUUUCAAUAGCUAUGGAAGUUCCGGCUUGCCAGGUGAUGAGGAAGAGGUGGACGAUGACAGAGCAGACACACGGGCCGCUUCCCAUGAGCGAAAUGAGCAAAGCAAAGGACCAAGCGCCACGCCCUCGCACAAACAGAGCGCAUUCGAGAAGAAGUUUUGGGAAAAUCGAGGCGACAACAACCGAUCAUGGAAGACAAGGCGGCGGACCGUCCUGAAGGAAAAACGCCAACGUGAAAAUAAAGCACGAAGACCCCGGAACUGGUAGGAUGUAGCGAAAGAUCUGAGGUCUGAGUGUAACAAGGGUAUCUUGCUGGAAUUACGCCAUUCUAGUAGUCGCAUGACAUUUAUCGCCACAAUCAAAUAUA